AUGACGUCGAGUGGCACUGAUUGCCAGCCCUUAUCGCCUAUCGCACAGUCCAUAGCACUGCAUAGGCUGUGGCACAGAGUCACAGGUAUGUCUUACGCUUAUAGCAAAAUGGCUGCCAAUAGUAGUCAUCAGCAGAAGUCACUCGAAGAGAUGCUCGCCUCAGAAGUGGACGAAUCCGAGAUAACGGCACUCGUCGGCUCACUCGAGACACAGCUCGACCCGAGACAACACACGCGCACCGCAGCCACAGCGCCCGCAGAGGCCCUCAAGACCAUCAUCAAUAGCAACCCUAUCAACAACACCAACACUAUCACUACGGACACAGCCGUGUUGUCGCAGCCCAUCAUCACCACAACCACGUCCCGCCCGCCAUCGCAGCCACAGCUGGUAGUGGUGGCCAACAAACAGACAGUGAAUACCACGGCCUCCGCAGCCGUUACGGACGCCAAUAGUGUUGUUAAUCAUAGACUUAAUAAUAAUAAUAGUGUCAACAACUCUACGGCACAAUUGUUGGCUUCAGCGCCGAGUGGUGGCCAACAAAUGGUGAUCAAUAGUCAACCCCCUCCUCAGCCACAGCCCCUGCCGGUGGCCCAUAAGACUACGCUUAAGAUUAUGACCAAUAAUAACAAUAAUAAUACAAAUAGUGUUAAUAUAGCUGUUAAUAGUAAUAAUAAUUUAAAUAAUACUAAUAAAAUGUUAACCACGGGUCAGCCGCCGCCCAUUGGCCAGACCUCAGUGGCCACACUUCCCGGCGCUCUGCCGGCCAGCGGUUAUAUAUCCCAAGUGACGAACGCAUCGAACCCGACCAUGAAUUCGGUGACAACCGCUCCGGGAAUGGCCGCCAAUCAGAUAAUCAAAAACGCGAUACAAGUGUCGGCGAUGGCCAACGGGAGUCCCGCGGGCUCGCCGUCGCCCUUACAGCAGUCGCUGCAGUCGGGCCUUCAGCUCCGGGGGCCUACACCGGGCGCCGGUGGCCAACACACGCCCACAACCAUCUCGUUAAGUGCAAUAACGCCGUCGUUAGUGAUCAACAAGUCGGGCGCGAACGCCGGUGCGGGCGGUCCGCACAAACCCGGACAGACACUACUGAUCGCCACCACCAAAGACGGCCCAAUGAUUGUGCAGCCGUCCGGCCAUCCGCUCGUCGGCCAACAGACAAUGACAAGUGGCGCCACCGAUGGCGCGGCCAAUCACGGCCCGGGCGGUGGCGGCGCGUCGAUGGUCACACUGGCCUCUCGUACGGCGCCGGGCAAUGCGGGUUCCGGUGCCGGACAGCCGACGAAUCUGAUGCAACAGCUGGUGUCCAACCAUCCCAACCAAAUAUUUCAAUUAGUGACUAAUAUGAACGCUAGUCGACCGCAGGGCGCCGGCGGACCCGGUGUCGGUCCCAACGCCAGGACGUUAGCCCCCCGUAUGGUUCAGUUGCCCGCAAACAUGAGGCUUACACCGCAAGUCCUCAGACCCGGCGGUCCGUCCGGAUUUGGCCCGGGGACGAUAACGUUGCCAUCAAAUCUGGUCCGCGCGGGAACCAUAUUCGUGAAGACAGAGAACGGGCAGGUGCACAUGGUCAAUGUGGGCCCACAGCCCACCUCCGGCCCCAACGCCGCGCCCAACGCCACCACAUAUCGACUGCAAGUGCCCACAACCGUCGGGGGCGCCACUGGCGUACCCGGGGGUCCGUCACCGGCCACAGCCAUGCGAACCAUAACCAAUCCCAUAGUGAUGUCAAUGCCCGGCGGCCACCUUCAGGGCAAGGCUACGGCCGCGUCCGCCGCUGUCCAACAGCAGCCGCCGAUGACCACACCGUUGACGAUAUCGACGACGGCUGCCAACGCGUCGGGCGCCACGCCGUCGCAGAUGUCCCCAAACACCGCCAAAAAGAAGUGCAAAAACUUUUUGUCCACUUUAAUACGAUUGGCCAGCGAUCAGCCCCCGAAUGUGGCCACAAAUGUUAAGAAUCUAAUCCAAGGCCUUAUCGACGAUGCAAUACAACCCGAGGACUUCACGAAUCAAUUGCAACGAGAGCUCAACUCAUCGCCGCAGCCGUGUUUAGUACCAUUUCUUAAAAAAAGUCUCCCGUAUUUAAGGUUUUCAUUAAUGCAAAAAGAGUUAACCAUUGAAGGCGUUCGGCCGCCGCCUAACGGAACGGUAACGUUGCCGACGAACUCACAGCACAUCCCACAGAUUCAGAUCGCCCAAACGGGUCCGCGACCGGGUAUCGGCCAAACCGUACGCUUAUUGACUCCCGUGGGAGGCCUUAUGGGCAGUCCGGCCACCACUGUGUUGACACCUAUGACCCAAACGGGUGCCCGACUGCAAGCGCCGCAAACAAUGGUGAGACCACCUGUGGUCGCGUCCACGCCGUCGACCGGCACCACAAGCACACCGUCUUCGCGGUCCAAGUCGUCGGCGAAGUCGCGGUCGAGCGCUGCCAAAGACAAGGAGAAGAAGAAUAGCAGUAACUUUUCGUCCACUUUGCGCGACGACGACGACAUCAAUGACGUCGCGGCGAUGGGAGGCGUCAACCUUCAGGAGGAGAGCCAACGCAUUCUGUCCAACGCCGAGACCGUCGGCCAACAGAUCCGCUCGUGUAAAGACGAAGACUUCCUGUUCACUAAUCCGUUGCAUAAGCGGAUCAACGAGAUUGCGAGUAAAUACGGUUUGGACGAGUGCUCGACGGAAGUGGUGUCACUGGUGUCGCACGCGGUUCAGGAGCGGCUCAAGACAUUGGUGGAGAAGUUGGGAGUGAUUGCGGAGCACAGACAGGAACAGGUGAAGAGUUACGGCCACUACGAAGUGGUGCAGGACGUGAAGGGCCAGACGACGUUCCUCCAGGAGUUGGACAGAAUCGAGAAACGCAGACACGAAGAACAUCCCGUAUUUAAGAUCGCCCAAACGGGUCCGCGACCGGGUAUCGGCCAAACCGUACGCUUAUUGACUCCCGUGGGAGGCCUUAUGGGCAGUCCGGCGACCACUGUGUUGACACCUAUGACCCAAACGGGUGCCCGACUGCAAGCGCCGCAAACUAUGGUGAGACCACCUGUGGUCGCGUCCACGCCGUCGACCGGCACCACAAGCACACCGUCUUCGCGGUCCAAGUCAUCGGCGAAGUCGCGGUCGAGCGCUGCCAAAGACAAAGAGAAGAAGAAUAGCAGUAACUUUUCGUCCACUUUGCGCGACGACGACGACAUCAAUGACGUCGCGGCGAUGGGAGGCGUCAACCUUCAGGAGGAGAGUCAACGCAUUCUGUCCAACGCCGAGACCGUCGGCCAACAGAUCCGCUCGUGUAAAGACGAAGACUUCCUGUUCACCAAUCCGUUGCAUAAGCGGAUCAACGAGAUUGCGAGUAAAUACGGUUUGGACGAGUGCUCGACGGAAGUGGUGUCACUGGUGUCGCACGCGGUUCAGGAGCGGCUCAAGACAUUGGUGGAGAAGUUGGGUGUGAUUGCGGAGCACAGACAGGAACAGGUGAAGAGUUACGGCCACUACGAAGUGGUGCAGGACGUGAAGGGCCAGACGACGUUCCUCCAGGAGUUGGACAGAAUCGAGAAACGCAGACACGAAGAA